AAAACCACACUUUCUCUCUCUAAAAUUUCUUGAUUCACACACUGUGUGUAUGCAAAAAGAUUUGUUGAAAAAAAAGGAACAGUGAGUGUGUGAGUCAAAUGUGAUGGGAGGUGGAUUCUCGCAGCUCCUCCCCUGCUUCAAUCCGGCGGAGAAACGGCGGAGCGAUUCAUCGGAGUUCAUUUUCACGGCUACCGAGCCGUUGGACGAAACCCUAGGUCACUCCUUUUGUUAUGUUCGUUCAUCAGCUCGGUUCCUGUCCCCUACACACUCCGAUCGGUUUGUUUCUCCUUCGCAAUCACUACGAUUCUCUCCGUCGCAUGAAUCUUCCUCAACGCGGUCGCGACAACCGUACGGUGUGUCGGAGACCAGUUUUUUCAAAGCGAUUUCAGGUGCCUCGGUAAGUGCGAAUACCUCGACUCCCCGGACUGUCCUUCAGUUAGAGAAUAUUUACGAUGAUGCCACUGAUUGUGUUGGUGGUGGGGUCAAGUCUAGUAUUGUCAAUGGCUUUGAAAGUACGUCUUCGUUUAGUGCCCUUCCGCUGCAACCUCUGCCACGAGGAGACUCUGCGAGGGCGGCGUCGUCCGGUCAAAUGGAGAGAGCCUUCUUUAUGUCUGGUCCGAUUGAGCGUGGAGCUCUGUCCGGUCCGUUAGACUCGAACUUGGGUUCGGAUUCAGCUAACAGCAAUGGUGUCCCUUUCUCGGCGCCGCUCAACGGUGGCAUUUACGUCAAAAAGAAGAGAAAGAAAACCAUUCCUGGGAUUCGGAAGGCAUUCCAUCGGAAUUUCCCUCGCCCUUGGGUGGUUCCUGUACGGAAUUUCGUCGGAGGACGGAAGGAAGCUCCGGCGGGGGGAGGGGGAGAUGAGUCGGAGAUGAAGAAUGAGAGUGACGUUCAGUGGGCUUUGGGGAAAGCAGGGGAGGAUCGGGUGCACGUGGUCGUAUCAGAAGAACACGGGUGGCUAUUUGUUGGAAUUUAUGAUGGAUUCAACGGUCCUGAUGCUCCAGAAUUUUUGAUGGGUAAUUUAUAUAAAGCUAUGUAUAAAGAGCUUGAGGGAUUGUUUUGGGAUUUAGAGGAUGUAACUCAGGAUCAGUCUUGUCCACCACAAUUACAGGAGGAAGAAGCAACAGCUGUUUAUUUAGAUCCAACGACUGCAGCUAUUUCAGACCAGAGUGGAUCCGUAAAGAAGGUUUCGUUUCAAUCAGGAGAAGAAAUUGUGACAAGGAGGAGAAGGUUAUGGGAAUACCUUGCAGAGGAAGAACCUGAAGAUGGGCUUGAUCUUUCUGGUUCUGAAAGGUUUGCAUUUUCAGUGGAUGAUGCACUCAGCAUAAGCAAAACCAGUUCAGGAGUUGGUCGCAGGUCAUUAUUGUUGUCCAAAUUGAGAAAUGGGUUUGCUAAGCGUAAGGAGGGUAGUAGAUUGUUUGCAUGGAAAUUUGGGUUGGAUGCCAAAGAGCAAAAAGAAGAGGAAAACAGAACAGAGGAGGCAGGUAAUGUUGUUAGAAGUGGUAGGAAGAAGAAACCUGGUCCAGUAGACCAUCAGUUGGUCUUGAGAGCGAUGUCAAAGGCUUUGGAAGUAACCGAGCUUGCAUAUCUAGAUAUGACAGACAAGGUCAUGGAUCAAUAUCCGGAGCUUGCGCUUAUGGGUUCCUGCUUGUUGGCUGUAUUGAUGAGAGACGAGGAUGUGUACGUGAUGAAUUUAGGAGAUAGUCGGGCCAUUGUUGCCCAACAUGAUGAAAUCCAAGACGUUGGUUCAUCUCAGACAGGAGAUAGUAGGACAGUUGAGGGUGUAGAUAAGGAACCCAUAGAUGCAGUUGGGAAGGGGAAUGGUAUGGCAAAUGAAGUCCCCAGUCAUGACAUGAGAUUGACAGCAUUGCAACUGUCUACUGAUCAUAGCACAAGCAUUGAAGAAGAAGUUACUAGAAUCAAGAAUGAGCAUCCGGAUGACAACCAUUGUAUUGUCAAUGAUAGGGUGAAAGGUCGUCUUAAGGUUACUCGUGCUUUUGGGGCUGGAUCCCUCAAACAGGCCAAAUGGAAUGAUUCAUUAUUGGAGAUGUUUCGCAAUGAGUAUAUUGGAACUGCACCAUACAUAUCUUGUCUGCCUUCUCUCCGACACCAUCAACUCUGUCCACGAGACCAAUUUUUGGUUCUUUCAUCAGAUGGGUUGUAUCAGUACUUUAGCAAUCAGGAAGUCGUUUCUCAUGUUGAUAGUUUCAUGGAGAGGUUUCCCGAUGGCGAUCCAGCGCAACACCUGAUAGAGGAGCUUCUUUUACGUGCAGCCAAGAAAGCCGGGAUGGAAUUGCAUGAAUUGUUAGAUAUCCCACAAGGCGACCGUAGGAAAUACCAUGAUGACGUUACCGUCAUGGUGAUCUCCUUAGAAGGACGAAUUUGGAAAUCAUCAGGAAAAUACCUGUAACACAACACAAGAAAAAAAAAGCAGCAAAAACAUCUCAAUUUUGCAUCGUGUUCUCCAAGGUGAAACCCGACAAACGGAACAGAGACUUUCAAACCCACUUUUCGUGGGUUCGAAUGAUUUAAAGAAACACACACGAAUCUUGGGACGGAUGUCGAUCAAGAGCCAAGCUAGAUGGCCAAAAAUGGAGGUAAAUGCUACUUGUUAACUUUCUCUCUCUCUUUUUGGUGAUGGAUUGGGGGGUGGUAAAGAAUGGAACUUGUUUUCUUUUCCUUUUUUCAUAUUUUUUAAUUUGUAUUUUCUUUUUCCUUUUUUUAGGUGGGAAAUCUUGUUUUAUUUUCAUUCUCAACCUGAAAGAAAUGUGGUUGUAUGAGGGGGUGAUAUCUUUGUUACAUUUAUUAUUAUUAGGAUAUUGAGAGGUUUUCACUUUGCAAAAGUGAAAAUAUGUAAUUUUGAUGGUGGAUUAUAUGAAUCUAGAAAUUCUGUU